CAUUUUGUGUUGCUAUUGGGCCGCGCAGAGUCGUGACAUCCCACUUCCCAUUGCCAGUCGGAUCAGACAGUUAUCGGUUAAGUCGAGUGCGUUACGAGACAGUAGCUUAAAUAGGUAUCGACAACUGCGUCAUUGACCCGUCGUUUGUAAAUACAACUGUAUAUUAGGGUGAUAUUCUGUGAAGAAGGAUGUCUGCUGAAACUCCAGAAUAUUCUCCUUUCUUCGCGGUGAUGGGUGCCUCUGCGGCGAUGGUGUUCAGCGCCCUGGGAGCUGCCUAUGGCACAGCUAAGAGUGGCACAGGAAUUGCUGCAAUGUCUGUAAUGAGGCCAGAGCUCAUCAUGAAGUCAAUCAUACCUGUGGUCAUGGCGGGAAUUAUAGCCAUUUAUGGCUUGGUAGUAGCAGUGCUGAUUGCCAACAACAUCUCUGAAAAGGUCACCCUUUACAAGAGUUUCCUUCAUCUGGGCGCUGGCCUCAGUGUGGGCCUCAGUGGAUUAGCAGCAGGCUUCGCCAUCGGCAUUGUGGGAGAUGCAGGCGUGAGAGGCACGGCUCAACAGCCCAGGCUUUUCGUGGGCAUGAUCCUCAUCCUGAUUUUUGCUGAGGUCUUGGGUCUCUACGGACUCAUCGUUGCGCUCAUUCUCUCCACAAAAUAAGUGUCGUCUUGAAGAGUUGUUCAUUCACGUUCAUUCGAGUUUAAAAGUGGGGUAAAAGGUCCAAUUCUGCCACAUAAAUGGACAAAGUAGAAGUGGUACAACAGUAAAUUAAAGUGUAAUGUCAACAUUACGUACAGUUGUCCCAAUUUGAUACUCAACAUACACAUGCAAUGUAGUGAUGUGCCUGUAUCGUGUGAGUGUUUCAGAAUCACUAGGGAUUUUGUUUUCUUUCCACUUCAGAAAGGCCUGAAAAGCCCAUGUCUUUGGAACUGACCAUGAAGCUUAACACUUAUUCUUCCAACACCUUCUCUGCAUUAAUCCUGAUGAUCCGAUUGUACAUAUACAGUACAGUUGUUUCCCACUACUUAUCAUUUUAAGUUGUCCAACGCACCAGUAGUCUUAACGUCCCUGGGAUAUAUUAUUAAAAACAAUACAUAAAUAAAUAUCUAUUUAAUUUAAUUGCACUCUGGGCUUGUUGUUCUAAGUGCUGUUCCUCUGUGUGUGAGUUCAGUAAUGAUAAUUAAGAUUGACUUUGGCGUGUUGCUGCUGGAUUGGGAUUUCUUUGUCUGUCGAUGUCUUAUUUUGAAGCAAAUGUAGUUGACCUUCAGUAUUUUCCUGAUGUACUGUUUGCAAUAAAAACUCUGUUCUCUGUGUUGGGUUUUACAACUUCAA